AUGGAGGAACAACUGGGUCAGAGCGACAACACCUCUGUGCAUCAGCAAAAGAGACCUGCCACUCCCGAAGUACCUGCUUCAUAUCGUGCGAGAACACCUCCUACCAUCUCAUCACGACAUGUGCCCCGAAACUCCAUAUCUAGCCGUAGUGAGACCUCGAAUCUGGAGUCAGGAGCGAUGCAGCGCAUGAUGGAGGGCUCAGGUGCCGGCAAACAGAGAGAGAGAACACCAGGUCGCAGUCCCAGUCGAAAGCGACAGCGAACAUAUGGUGAUCGCACCUACGGCGACCGCUUCAUCCCAAACCGAGAUGGUCAAGACCUUCAAGCAACAUACAGUCUUCUCCACGACGAUGGCUCACCCGCAACUCCCUCGAGAUCGAAGAAAAAGGCACCACACGCCGAGCUGCAUUUCCAGAAGACCGAAGAGGCAAACCAGACAUACUCACAAGUGCUGCGCAAUGAGUUGAUGGGCGACUCUGUUCCUCAAAGCAACCGGUCAAUGUCUCCAGAUGCAUUGUACGGCUCGAGACACACGCCGCCAGUUCAGUCAGGAGCGAACUUACCGCCAGCCACAUUAACACCUACCACACCUCAUCGCAACAUGUUCUCGUACAUGUCCUCGCCCAAAAAGCUCGGCAGCGGACACCCAACGCCAUCAUCAAAGAAGACCGGCAUCACACCCGGGAUCAUCAACCUCAAUGCCCGAUCCGAUCUCUACUCUGUCUCACCACUCAACUAUUCCUCACAUGCGAUUCUCCAAACUCCGAAGAAGCAACCUCGACCAGUCUCAAAAGUGCCGUACAAAGUGCUCGAUGCGCCUGAGCUGGCAGACGACUUCUACUUGAAUCUGGUAGAUUGGGGUUCGGCUAAUAUACUGGGUGUCGGUCUUGGCUCAUGUGUAUACAUGUGGAACUCAAGUAGCGGCAAAGUGACUCAGCUUUGCAAAUUGCCUGACAACGACCUUGUUACCUCGGUGGCAUGGAUUCAGCGAGGCUCGCACUUGGCAAUCGGCACUCACAAAGGUUUCGUGCAGAUCUAUGAUGCAGAGAAGCAGCGUCGUCUACGUACUAUGACCGGCCAUACCGCUCGAGUCGGCGCGCUGGCAUGGAACGAUCAUAUCCUGACUUCUGGCUCUCGAGAUCGCAAUAUCUACCAUCGAGACGUUCGCUCACCAGACCAAUACCUCCGAAAGCUCUCAGGUCACAAGCAAGAAGUCUGUGGUCUGCGAUGGAACACCGAAGAUGGUCAGCUGGCUUCUGGCGGCAACGACAACAAGUUGUUCGUAUGGGACAAGCUAGCUGAGAACCCUCUCCAUCGAUUCAACAACCACGUUGCUGCAGUCAAGGCCAUCGCCUGGUCACCUCACCAACAUCAUCUCCUCGCUUCCGGCGGCGGCACAGCUGACCGCUCCAUCAAGUUCUGGGACACCGCCAAGGGCGAGCUCAUCAAGGAGAUCGAGACGGGCAGCCAGGUCUGCAAUCUUGCGUGGUCUAAGAACUCAGACGAGAUCGUAUCUACCCAUGGCUACAGCCAGAACCAGAUCUCGGUGUGGAAGUACCCGAAGAUGGAGCAGGUCGUCAGUCUGACUGGCCACACCUAUCGAGUGCUGUACUUGAGUGCUUCUCCAGAUGGCACGACGGUUGUCACGGGUGCGGGCGACGAGACACUACGAUUCUGGAAGGUGUUUGGCAAGAAGGGUGGUGACAAGGUCGGCUCAUCGUCUGCAGGACUGAGUUUGACCAGUGGCAAGUUCAGCGAUUGGGGCUCGAUUCGUUAG